AUGCAUCAUGAACGUUCCAGUGAAUCGGCAUCCGACGAGGAUGAAUCGACCAUCUCGGCAAAGGCCUCAUUUGCCGCACUAUCGUCAAAAGAAUGGAUAACUGUAGUAAUGCUAGCGUUAGCAAACCUUUGCUCAACAGUAGCCUUCAGCUGCAUCGCUCCUUUUUACCCUGACGAGGCUAAAAAGAAGGGCAUGACGGAGUCCCAAACUGGAAUCGUGUUCGGAAUAUUUGAACUCGUGAUGUUCGUCAUGGCGCCUAUUUUCGGGAGAUAUAUGACCCUCAUCGGUUCGAAGAACAUGUUCACUUUGGGUCUAGCUAUAACAGGAAUCACGGCUAUUCUCUUCGGGUUUCUCAACUAUCUUCCAUCGGGUAACAUUUUCUUUCUUGCUAGCCUUAUGAUUCGAAUAUUGGAAGCGGUUGGAGACGCGGCUUUUGUUACGUCGAGCUUUGCAAUCUCAGCGAAAUGCUUUCCGGGCAAUAUCGCCGUUAUAGUGGGUGUUAUGGAGACGUUUGCUGGGCUUGGUUACACAGCAGGUCCUGUGGUUGGUGGAAUUCUAUACGAGUUUGGUGGAUUUCAAGUUCCGUUUUUGGUAUUGGGUGCGAUUCUCAUGGUUGCUACAGCGCUUGGUUGGUGGUUGAUCGAAAACUUUAAGGACGAUGAUGUAGCCGGAUCGAAAGGAAUGAUUGCAAUGCUACGAAUUCCGGUCAUCUGGAUUAUGGUUUACGCUGUUGUUGUUUGCGCUAUUUCGUUGUCGUUCUUGGACCCAACCCUUUCUGCCCAUCUUCAAUCGUUCAAUCUCUCGCCAUCAAUGAUUGGUCUGAUGUUCUUGCUCUGCGGCGGAAUCUACACCCUAUCGGCUCCCAUAUGGGGUCUCCUUAUAGACAGGUUUCAAUGUACAACAGCUGUGAUGAUAUUUGGCUCAGCAGCCACCGUAUUUUCGAUGAUACUUAUUGGACCGUCACCGUUGUUGCCUUUCAGCAAGAAUCUUAUUGUUAUUGGUAUUUCGCUAGCUGUACUUGGUGUUGCUGCUGGCGCUCUUUACAUUCCCACGUUUCAAAGUUGUUUGGAUGCUGUUAAAGAGCACGGAUACGAUGAUUCUUUCCGAACUUACGGUUGUGUAUCGGGUGUUUUUCAGUCUGCCUUUGCCCUGGGCGGAUUCAUGGGUCCCACUGUGGGUGGGUUUGCGGUUGAAAAAAUCGGGUUCGCUUGGACUACUACGAUUAUCGGUGCUAUACAUGUUAUGUUUAUAAUAACCGUGUGCAUCUUCUAUAGUCCUUGCUGCAGGAGAGGUACAUCACAACGUAGCACUUAA